CCAUCGUCCGUCCCUCAGCCUAGUAAUGUUGCGCCUCAUGAUUUUACCAGAUUUUCUUCCGGGUCCCCUGAUUCUCUCUCUGCUGUUUCAAUUGGUGACUGCUACGCCUCUGUUUCUACCCCUACACAACCUUCUUCUACUACUCCUUCUUCCUUCGGUGGUGCUCCUUGGCGUACUCACAGUAUGGUGACUCAUUCACAGGCAGGUAUUCGGAAGCCCAAAAUCUUACCAUCUCUGGUUCAUACUCUCACUCAUUUGCAGGAACCCAGGACUUUUAAGCAGGCUCGGAAAUUUCCAGAAUGGUAGUGAGCUAUGCAGGAGGAAUUUUUGGCAUUAUAGCGCAAUAAAACUUGGAUUUUAAAACUUGGAUUUUGGUACCCCCUCCAUCCGGUGCUAAUAUUGUGGGCUCCAAAUGGGUAUAUCAUAUUAAAUAGAGAUCUGUUGGUAACAUUGAGCGAUAUAAGACUCGACUUGUGGCACAUGUAUACACAGCAGCCUGGGAUUGAAUAUAAUGAGACUUUUAGUCUGGUGGUCAAGCCUGUUACCAUCCGAGCAGUUCUUACUCUUGCAUUUUCCAAGCCUUGGCCAAUUCAUCAGCUUGAUGUCAAAAAUGCCUUUUUUAAUCGCUAUUUAUCUGAGCUUGUUUAUAUGGCUCAACCACCUGGGUUUGUUGAUCCAAAAUAUCCUGAUCAUGUUUGCCUUCUGCAAUGGGCACCUUAUGGUUUGAAACAAGCUCCUCGUGCAUGGUUUCUAAGGUUUGCUGCUUUUCUUUAUUCCUGUGGUUUUAUUUAGGCCUAUUCUGAUUGUUUUAUGUUUUUAUAUCACUCCAAUGGUAUGCUGGCUAUUCUGCUUUUAUAUGUUGAUGAUAUCAUCCCCACUGCCUCUACUUCGUCCCUUUUGCACCGGAUCAUGUCUUUAUUGAAGCAGGAAUUUUUUAUGUCAGAUUUGGGUGUUCUUAAUUAUUUUUUAAUUAUUUUUUGGGCAUUACUGCCUCUUUUAAAUCUGAUUGCCUUUUUCUCUAUCAAACUAAGUACAUAGUUGAUUUGUUGGCUUGCAUUAGUAUGUCUGAUUGCGUUGCUGUUGCUACCCCUAUGACACCAAGGCAAAAAUUAGCUGCUUCUGAUAGUCCUCAUUUGAAUUCUACUUAGUACCAUAGUAUUGUUGGUGCCUUACAGUACUUGACAUUUACUCAUCCUGAUAUUGCUUUUGUCGUUCAUCAAGUUUGCCAGUAUAUGCAUGCUCCAACUCAAAAAUCAUUUUCAGGCAGUCAAAAGGAUACUUCGUUACUUAAAGGAUACUACACAUCAUGGUCUUCAAUUAUUCAAGGAAUUCUCCCCUUCUUUACAUAUUUAUACUAAUGUAGAUUGGGUUGGCUAUUUGGAUAGUCAUCGCUCUACUUCAGGUUAUUGUUUAUUUUUUGGUCGGUCCUUUAUCUCUUGGUCUUCUUAAAAGCAGAAUAUUGUUGCUCGAUCUAGUGCCAAGGCUGAGUAUCAUGCUAUGGCAAAUGCUGUUGCUGAAGUUGUUUGGGUUUGUCCAUUAUUGAUUGAGUUACGGGUAUUUCUUUCUUCUGCUCUUGUUCUUCUAUGUGAUAAUAUUAGUGCUCUCUAUCUAGCUCUCAAUCCUAUCCAGCAUCAGCGGACCAAACAUAUUGAGAUUGAUAUUCAUUUUGUUCGAGAAAGAGUUGCUUCUCAAGCCAUUCUUUUGCAGCAUGUCCCUUCCUCUUUACAGUGUGCUAAUAUUCUUAC